AUGCGUCUCACGUCUCUUCUAGUCAUAUCAGCGCUCUCCUCUCUAACUCACAUCUCCCAUGCGUUUCCACUGAAACCCCAGGCACCUCCCAAACAGCCUGCAGUCCGAAGGCGCGUCGCAUAUUCUGUUGUGGCCGUUGAUGGAGGCUCAGUUCCCACACCUUCAUCUGCUUCGGUACCAGAUCUCCUCACUCUCAUCCAGACGUCGGACAGCGUUAAGACCGUCACCGCCUCCGCAAGCAGCACGUCACCGUCGAUCGAAACGAUUAUAACGACGAAGACUGUCAGCGAAAUGGAGCCCGCAAAGACCGUGGAUAUUAUUUUUAUUCAAGAUAUCACGGAAAACCCUGCUCCGACAACAUCUCCGUCCUAUACCCUCGUCAAUCCUGCAGAAACACCAAUAUCAUCGUCAACAGUGCCUCCCCCAAGCCAAACCUUUACCAGUGUUUCAAGUGUGAAAUGCGUAAUUUCGUUCUCCACCUCGACGCUAUCCUCAGCCUCCACCUGGACCUCCAUUCCGGCUGUUUCUAUGUCCUUGGCAAGCUUAAAUCGGGCUUCGGAGGCUGCGCAGCCGGCAGAAGCAAAAAAUCCGGAAGCAAAAGGCCCAGAAGCCGCUGCGAGCAUUCCGUCUCCCCUUCAACCUCCACCUCCUGCUGUCAUAAGUUCUAGCACUCUACCGACGGCUUCAACGAAGACAUACGAUGAUGGGAUGUGGCAUACUUCUUAUCCGGUGUGGAAUGCGACCUCAACAUUGCUCUCGGGUGCGUCAGCAACGGCAGUCGGUACGGGCAGAGCACGGAACCUCUGGAAAAAAGGCUGA